AUGGAAGAUCUCAGAUCAAUUCAGCAUCGAGUGCAGAACAAGGUUGCAAGAGAGGAGGCGCAACAUCGACAAAGGCUUGAAUCUGUCAAGGUAUGGCUUACACGUGUUGAGAUCAUUGAUGCACGGUUCACUAAUCUGCUUAGUACUAGUCCCAUCCAGCUUCGCAACUUGUGUCUCUGCGGUUUAUGUUCAAAGAAUCCAUGUUCUAGCAACAAAUAUGGGAAAAAUGUAUUAUUGUUGUUGAAAGAGGUUAAGAUUCUCAAACUGGAGGGUAUUUUUGAUGAGGUUUCUGAGUUUACUCCCAGAUCUAAAGUGGAGGAGAGGCCUACUCGGCCUACGUUUGGUCAGGAUGAAAUACUCGAAAGGGCAUGGAAACGCCUUAUGGAAGAUGGAGUUGGAAUCAUGGGUCUGCACGGUAUGGGUGGUGUAGGCAAAACCACCCUUUUCAAGAAAAUCCACAAUAAAUUCUCUGAAACAGCUGAUAGUUUUGACGUUGUGAUGUGGGUUGUGGUGUCUAAUGGCGUAACGAUUUCAAAGCUUCAAGAAGAUAUUGCAAAAAACCUAAAUCAGAGCGACGAUUGGGUGAAAAAAAAUGAAAGUGACAAGGCCACAAUUAUACACAGAUUUUUGAAGGGGAAGAAAUUUGUUUUGUUGCUAGAUGAUAUAUGGGAGAAACUGGAUCUCGAAGCCAUUGGAGUUCCUGAACCAACCAAAGAAAAUGGAUGCAAAGUAGCUUUCACCACUCGUUCUCAGGAAGUAUGCAGCCGCAUGGGGGAUCAUGAACCGAUACAAGUCAAGUGUUUGGAGUGGAGUGAAGCAUGGGAGUUGUUUAGAAACAAAGUCGGAGACAUUACAUUUAGAAGAAAUCCCGACAUUGUCGAGUUAGCAAAGAAGGUAGCUGCAAAAUGUCGUGGUCUGCCACUGGCGCUCAAUGUCAUUGGUGAGACAAUGGCAUCUAAAACUAUGGUCGAAGAAUGGGAGGAUGCAAUUGAUGUUUUGUCUAGAUCCGCUGCAGAGUUUCCAGACAUGGAAAAUAAAAUUCUUCCAAUUCUGAAAUACAGCUACGAUAGCUUGGUACAUGAACAUGUCAAGUCGUGUUUCUUGUAUUGUGCUCUAUUUCCGGAAGACGAUGAUAUAGAUAAAGAAAGGUUGAUAAACUACUGGAUAUGCGAAGGUUUCAUUGGGGAGCACCAGGUUUUAAAAAGAGCAAUGAAUAAGGGUUAUGUGAUACUCGGUACUCUUAUCCGUGCAAAUUUAUUGACAGAGGAAGAUCCAAAUAAGGGUUAUGUUAAAAUGCAUGACGUUGUUCGCGAAAUGGCUCUAUGGAUUGCAUCUUCUGGGGAACAAAAAGGCAAUUGGGUGGUGCAAACAAGAGCCGGAUUAUGUGAAAUACCAAAAGUCGAAGAUUGGGGAGCUGUGAGAAGGAUGUCAUUAAUGUCUAAUCAUAUUGAAGAGAUAACAUGCGGUUAUGGUUGUUCUGAGCUCAAAACUCUGUUCCUCCAGAAUAAUACAUUGAAGGUUCUCUCAGGUGAAUUCAUUCGCUCAAUGCAAAAGCUAGUUGUUUUGGAUCUAUCUAUGAAUCGCAACUUCAAUGAACUUCCAGAGCAGAUAUCAGAGCUGACCUCAUUGCAGUAUCUUGACAUGUCGUAUACAAGCAUAGAGAAACUGCCUAUUGGUUUUCAAGAGCUGAAAAAGCUAACUCAUCUGGAUUUGACUUUUGCAAGGGAACUUUGUAGUGUGGGUAGGAUAUCAAAGUUGUCGAGUUUAAGAAUUUUGAAACUACUAAUGUCUAAAGCUUGUGGAGAUGUUAUUUUGUUGGAGGAGAUGCAGCUCUUGGAGUAUCUACAAGUUAUAACCAUGACAAUAUCUACGGAUUUGGGUUUGGAGAAAAUAUUAGCCGAUCAAAGGUUGGCAACCUGCAUCAACGGUCUGGAGAUUCUUAGGUUUGAAGGAAAGCCAUUUGAAAUAUCAUUGCUGUUGAGUAUGGAGAAUCUUCGUGAGCUUAGAGUGGACAGUAUUCAUGUCUCAGAGAUUAAUACAAAUCUGAAGUUCAGAGAAAGUCCAUGCUUUACCAAUCUCAAAAGUGUGGCCGUAAGUAACUGCAACAGCAUUAAGGAUCUGACGUGGCUAUUGCUUUUUCCAAAUCUUGGCAUGCUAAUCAUUGAAAAUUCUGAAGAAGUGGAAGAAAUUAUAAACAAAGAGAAAGCAACCAAUCUUGCAGGUAUUACACCAUUUCAGAAACUAAAGAUCUUAAGGAUGAGGAAUCUGCCUAAGCUGGAGAGUAUCUACUGGUGUCCUCUUCCCUUUCCAUUAUUAAAGUUCAUACACGCAAUCCAGUGUCCAAAGCUGAGAAAGCUUCCCUUCGAUGCUACAAGUGCCCCACGACUUGGCGAAAUUUCUAUAACAAUGCGUCCAGGUGAACAGAUAACUGACCUUGAAUGGGAGGACGAAGAUACCAAAAAUCGUUUCUUGCCUUCAUUCCGUCGGGUAAUCAUUUCUGUUCUUCUCUUCCGCUUUAAUUAUUAG